UGUUAAUGGAUAACGAAAAGUACUGUUAAUCAGGUUGAUUCAGUCUUUCAUGCAUAGAACCUUUCUUUUUUUUUUUUCUCUAUCUUUUUGUAGAUGUGACAGACCCAGACCCAGAUCAAUCAGAAGCAUAGACUCGAUUCAAUUUGAUCUAUUAACUCUUAGAAACGCAAUAGCAAACUUCUCUAAUGAGAAUAAACUUGGAGAAGGUGGCUUUGGUGCAGUUUACAAGGCAAAGCAGCUCCAGUUUGUUUCUUUGAUUUCAAAAACAAUUUCAUUAUGUGAAAAUCAUCAUGCUGAUCUUAAAACUGAUUCAAAGUCAUUCAAAUGUGAAAAUUGGAUUUAUCCACUUAAUCCACAGGGCACAUUGCUUGACGGCAGAGAAAUAGCAGUCAAAAGGCUUUCAAGUGGUUCAGCACAAGGAAUAAGAGAGCUGAAAAGUGAAUUACUGUAGGUUGCAAAGCUUCAACACAGAAACCUUGUGCAGCUUUUGGGAGUUUGCCUGGAAAAACAAGAGAAAAUGCUUAUCUAUGAAUAUCUUCCUAACAGAAGCCUGGACACCAUUCUGUUUGAUUCUAGCAAACAUGAGCAACUAGACUGGGGAAGACUGUACAAGAUCAUCAAUGGAAUCGCCCGUGGAUUGCUAUAUCUGCAUGAAGAUUCUCAGCUAAAGGUUAUACAUAGGGAUAUUAAAGUGAGCAAUAUACUGUUGGAUGAGGACAUGAAUCCAAAAAUUGCAGACUUUGGUUUGGCCAGGCUCAUUGGUUGUGAUCAAACUAGGGAAACUACAAAACAAGUUGCUGGAACAUUUGGAUACAUUGCUCCAGAGUAUGCAAUGCGUGGUCAGUAUUCAUCAAAGUCAGAUAUAUUCAGUUUUGGUGUUUUAGUUUUGGAAAUUCUGACCGGAAAAAAGAACAGCAAUUUUAUUGAGACUGAAGAAGCAAACAACCUGCUAAGCUAUACAUGGCAGAGAAACAAUCUCAGAGAUACUAGACCCAUCUCUGGGGGAUCACUGGUCAAGAAAUGAGGCAUUGAGAUGCAUUCAGAUUGGUUUAUUAUGUGUUCAAGAAGAUCCAGCAAGCAGACCCAGCAUGUCAGUGGUGGUUCUCAUGCUGAACAAUCACUGUGUGUCCCUUCAAGCUCCUUC